AGCUGAUUUGUAUUUAUUCCGUGACUGAACGCAUAGUAGUUUAUAGUUCAUGCGAGAGUUUCACGUUGUUUAUUGUUGUAUCUUCGAGAUUACCUGGGUUAACUCCAAUUUCCCCGUGAGACCUGGCGUAUAUCCCGAUUGUAUGGGAUUUCCACGGGACUGGCUGAUAAAGCGCGUAUGGGACAAUCGAUGAAGGACGUAACCUGAAACGCGCAUUUUUUGUCAUCAAACAAAGAGAUUCGGAAAUCCUGUGCUGUGUGGCUUGGCUGUGGUCCAUCUCGAGUAUACUAUACAUCAGCGUGUGUCUGACGAUGGGAGCUGAGCAACUGGUGAUCCGACACUCGUUGAGAUAAAAAAUCACGAGCAGCGUUUAGAGGGUGUAUACAGAUGUGGAUCAUUAAUGGAAAGAAAUAACAGCGAUGAAAUGUAUCAAGUGUUUAUCAGCGGAUACCGUCUGGCGAACGUAUCACAUGGAAAGCCCUACUACGUUUACACCGUUGAAAUGGUGGACUCAAACAACGGAGCCAGAUAUCUAAUCGAAAAGAGAUAUAGUGAAUUUAACACUCUGCAUCGCAUGCUGAAGAAGGACUGUCACACAGCUCCGUUCCCACCCAAAAGAGUGAGGAAUUCAAACCCCAAGGUUCUGGAGCAAAGAAGGGCAGCUUUGGAGAUUUAUAUGCAGAAAAUGUUGAGAUUAGCAAGCACAAAGCAACAAGUACUCAAUUUUUUGGGAAUCGAUGGAGCAAACUCUGAAAUAUAUCACAAAGGAAUGCAAAAGAUUUUCAAAGAUGAAAAUAUUGUUCAAUGCAGCUCUCUACAACAUCACCCAGUAUUAACAUUCCAAUGUGAUCCAUAUGUUCACGUAAAUGAGACUACAAGUCUUCCAGACAUUGUGACAAAUGGAGUACUUUUGGGUAUAUAUAAAUCCUGAAUGAUUUGUACUAAUUGUGUGAUAAAUUAUACAAAUAAAUUAACUUUUUUAAUGUAAAUUCUAGACGAUUCUUCUGCUUUCAUAUUUUUUGUAUAUAUUUUUACUGAUACCCUAUAAAUUAACGUAUUAUGCAGGGAGGGGAAGAUAAUAAUAAACAGUAUCAAUAUUUUCACAAUAAAAUUGUUUAGAGUGCAUAUAUUUGCUAAAUCCUUUUUUAUAAUUAAAAAAUGCGUUUUAAUGAGCUGAAGGAGUAUUUACAAGUUUCAUAUAAAAAAUUUAUUAAAACGCGUGACUUAUAAAUACGUCUUUCGCAUUAAUGUCAAAUAAUACAAUUUAUAAUCGCGAUAUACUUAUAACCAACGAAAUUAACAAUAAUUAGUAAUUUUAUGUUUACAUUACAUAAUUCAUUUAUACUAUAUAUUUAUCUACAAUGUUACUAUUGUUACUUGAUUCAUUAGAUUUUUACGAAUCUCUAUCGUAUAUAAUAAUUGUUGGCAGCCCUGGCUUUACUGGAAUGUAGCAUUUUUGUCAAGUAGUGUGCAUUAAAUUACACGUACAAUCUUGACGUUGCAUAAUGAAUCUCUUUACAAUACUAUAUGCAUAAAGUACC